AUGGGACGGUGGAGUGCAGCGAGGACAGCAGAGUUCUCCCCAGCCCUGGGGUGUCACAGCUGCCAUUUCCUUAAGCCAGAAGAUGAGAUUCCUUUAGAGCAGAUUGAUGAUCUUGCAGCAAAACUGGAAACUACAUCUUCCAAAUGUCUACACCUGGAUGCAAAUAAUCAGUUUCUCCACCAGGAGUUGUUAUCUAUGACAAAUAUACAAAAGAGAUGUGAAACACUAGAGAAGAAUAAAAAGAAGUUGGAACAAGAAGUAGUAAACCUCAAAAGUUACAUAGAAGAAAAUAUGAUAGAACAUGGCCAACUAGAACAGUUUAAGCAGGAGACUGAAGAAAGAGCAAGACAAGAUUUAGUGGAAAAAUUAAAACAUGUCAAUAUAUUUUUACAGACACAAGCAGCAUCUCAAGAACAUUUAGAGCAGUUAAGAGAAAGUAAUAAUACUUCAGUGAGAAAUCAGAUGGAACUCAGAAUUAAAGACCUGGAAUCAGAGCUCUCUAAAAUGAAAACUCAAGAUUCCAGUAAAAUACAACUGGAAAAAUAUAAGUAACUCUAUAUAAAAGAAUUCAAAACUAGAAAAGCAUUGUCCAGUAAGCUAAACAAGGCUAAUGAGAGGCUAGGAGAGGCCAAUACCAAACUUCUUGUGGAGAAACAGCAAAACAGAUCUUUGCUGAGUGCUGGUAGUACAAGACCUGUCCUAGAGGGUCCUUAUGUCAGAAAUCUUAAUCAUAGUUUGGUGCUACACAGUUUUCUUCCCAGAGAAAACUUAGUGAUUCGCAUAAUAACCCACAGCCUUCAAGCAGCAGCCUGGAGAACUACCUCAUCAAGAUGUGCCAAGAGUUGGAAAAUAGUAUAA